UCCCGCCCGCCCCGGUGACCCUCGGUUGCGGUCGGGGUUUCGCGCAGCGCUCCCGAGCCUGCUCUCGGAACGAGCAGGGGAGGGGACUCAGCCGGCGCCCCAGGGCAGAAAGCCUGCGCUGCACCCAGCGGGCCGGAGCCCUGCGUUGCGGCAGCUCAGAGGUGGCAUCGUGAGGGGUGGCACAGCCUGCAGGGAGCGGCGGGUGCGAGCCUGCCGGCGACAGGAAAGCGAACCUGCGGCGGCAUGGCGGGGCUGCGGGUGAGGCGGGGCCCCGGGCCCGGGCUGCUGGCGCUGUCCACGCUGGGUUUCUGCCUGAUUCUCCAAGUCAGUGCCAAGAGGCCCCCCAAAACGCCCCCCUGCCCGCCCAGCUGCUCCUGCACCAGGGACACCGCCUUCUGCGUGGACUCUAAGGCGGUGCCCAGGAACCUGCCCUCUGAGGUCAUCUCCCUGACCCUGGUGAAUGCUGCCUUCUCAGAGAUCCAGGAUGGAGCCUUCUCCCACCUGCCACUGCUGCAGUUCUUGUUGCUCAACUCCAACAAGUUCACGCUGAUUGGAGACAACGCCUUCACAGGACUGUCCCACCUGCAGUACCUCUUCAUUGAAAACAAUGACAUCUGGGCCCUAUCCAAGUUCACCUUCAGGGGACUCAAGUCCUUGACACACCUCUCACUGGCCAACAAUAACCUGCAGACACUGCCUAGAGACAUCUUUCGGCCCCUGGACAUCCUGAGUGACUUGGACUUGCGGGGCAACGCGCUCAACUGCGACUGCAAGGUGAAGUGGCUAGUGGAGUGGCUGGCACACACCAACACCACCGUGGCCCCCAUCUACUGCUCCAACCCACCCCGCUUCCAGGAGCACAAGGUGCAAGACCUGCCACUGCGGGAGUUUGACUGCAUUACCACGGACUUCGUGCUCUACCAGACCCUGUCCUUCCCGGCAGUGUCCGCUGAACCUUUCCUUUACGCGAGCGACCUCUACUUGGCUCUGGCUCAGCCAGGCGCCAGCACCUGCACCGUCCUGAAGUGGGACUAUGUGGAACGGCAGCUUCGAGACUACGAUAGAAUCCCAGCGCCCUCGGCCGUGCACUGCAAGCCGAUGGUGGUGGACAGCCAGCUGUACGUGGUCGUGGCCCAGCUGUUUGGUGGCUCUUACAUUUACCACUGGGAUCCCAACACCACGCGCUUCACCAAGCUGCAGGACAUCGACCCCCAGCGUGUACGAAAGCCCAAUGACCUGGAGGCCUUCCGUAUCGACGGUGACUGGUACUUUGCUGUGGCCGACAGCUCCAAGGCGGGUGCCACCAGCCUCUACCGUUGGCACCAAAAUGGCUUCUACUCCCACCAGGCCCUGCAUGCCUGGCACCGUGACACUGACCUCGAGUUUGUGGAUGGCGAGGGCAAGCCAAGGCUGAUAGUGUCUAGCAGCUCCCAGGCACCGGUCAUCUAUCAAUGGAGUCGUACCCAGAAGCAGUUUGUGGCCCAGGGAGAGGUGAGUCAGGUACCUGACGCCCAGGCUGUGAAACACUUCCGAGCCGGCCGUGACAGCUACCUGUGCCUCAGCCGCUACAUUGGCGACUCCAAGAUCCUGCGCUGGGAGGGCACCCGCUUCUCUGAGGUACAGGCACUGCCCUCCCGGGGCUCUCUGGCCCUGCAGCCCUUCCUGGUGGGUGGCCGCCGCUACCUGGCACUGGGCAGUGACUUCUCCUUCACCCAGAUCUACCAAUGGGACGAAGGGCGACAGAAGUUUGUACGGUUCCAGGAGCUAGCGGUGCAGGCCCCUCGGGCCUUCUGCUACAUGCCCGCUGGGGAUGCCCAGCUGCUCCUGGCCCCCAGCUUUAAAGGACAGACGCUGGUAUACCGACAUGUUGUGGUGGAUCUCAGUGCCUAGAGGGGUGUCGAGGCCUCUAGGCUCCUCAGGGUGGCACUGGAGGCUAGGUGGGGGCCUCUGAGCAGCAUGUGUGUCUGUGUGAAGUCACACUGGCCAACCUGCAUAUGCACCCUUACACACACACACACACACACACACACGCACACACGCACGCACACACACACACACAGUGAGCCUGCAUAUACACCAUAGCCUGACCUGAGGAAGCCAUUCCUUGUCUCUGUAAUCAGCACGAACUCCUAUAUAUGCACCAGUCACCCAGGUGCCCUAGCCCUCCUGUAUAUGUACACCUGUCCCCACCCCAUAUCUAUAAACCCCAGGGCUCUGCUCCCUUGCUCAUGCUUAGGAGUGAUGGUUUGGGCAUGGAGGGGGCGUGAGCCACAGCCUCCUGCUCUCCAGUUUAGCCUUCCCAUCUUCCAGCCUUUCCUGUGGGUACUCCAGGUGUUCAGUUACCUGUUCGUGCUCCACGCUGCAGCCUCAGCCACAGCCGUCAGCUCCCAAGUGCACCCACGCUUGCUGCGCCCUUUGUGUUUACACAUGUGGACGCUGACGGACACACUCAGCCUGUCACUUGCACAUACCUGUCCACACUCACACUUCCGUAGGUAAACACGUCCCGCUGGGCACACAUGUAGAUGGUGCUGUCCAAAGGGGCUCCCCUCUGUUACUACUUUACUGCUGCUCUUCCUGGAGGGACCCACAGCCCCUUUCUUCCUUUGCUCCCCACAGUGUACACCCCCCGACGGCUGAGAAGGGCAAUUGCAAUUACAUUGGUGAGCCAGGGAGUGCUGGCUUUCUUCUCUGUCCAGAAGCAAUAACAGCAGCAGCCCCUGGGUUCUUCUUACUGGAGUUUCCUUCUGUGACCCUGACUCCCAGCUCACUUGGGGACAGAAGGCCAUCCAGAUGAAAGCUUUUCUUUCUGUAGCUGUUGCUUCCUCAGGGCUGGACCACCCCCUGGCUCACCCCAUCUUUGGGCUGGGGACCCUGAGCUAUGAUUCUCCUUGGUGGGUACAGGAGCCGGGCAAGCCAGGGAACCUGUGAGCCCUGGACCCACCUCUGCGGUUGCCGAGAACGGAGCUUGGGUUCCACUCUAUGGGGGCCCUGGCACCCCACCACUGCCGAGGGCCCACUCCAGGCACACUGUCCUUCUGUGGAGGAUGAGCUGUGGUCAGGAAAGGGGAGGCGGGGUCGCCAGGAGCCCGGAUUCUGCUGCCCUCUGCUGGAUUCUGGGAAGAGCUGCUCCUAGAGGCCAAGGGAGGCCAGUGGAGAGGAGGCAGGGCCCAAAUGGCCAGGACUCUCGGUGGCAGGAUGCCCAGAGGCACUUGGGGGCAAUGCUUUGAUUCACUUGCUUCAAAUAAAAAGCUCCACCCCCCCCCCAGCUCGCAGGCGUCAUCCAGGUGUUUCAUCAGGAACAGGACUAGGCCAUGCUAUAGUUCCUGCUGCACCCAGAGGCCGCCAUCAGCCUGCAGACCCUCUUCCUCCACUCCCUUCCCUGAGGACUGGGCGCCCCCAGGGUCCUCGGGGCUGGGCUCAGGAGUUCCCAGUGAUGACACUCAGUGCCGGGCCAGUGUGACCAGUCUACUGCACCGGGGGCUGACGCCGCCCCGUGUUCCUUCCUGGAACUUAUGUGCUAGGGGCCCACUAAGGCUUGCAUCUGUCCCUCCCCACCUUCCAGCACAUGCCCAGCUCCUCUGGGUGGCAGAUGUCCCCCACUGCCGCCACCUUCCACCUUAAGUGAGGCACCGCGGUGUCCUACAUAACUUCUUGGUCCCUUUUCUCUCCAUAUUUAAUCAGCCAUCAAGUCUCGCCCUUCUUUGUCCCCAAGGUUUUUCAGAUGGGCACGUUCAUUUUGUCUCUUUUCCUGCCUUGUCCAAACCCUCCCUCCUCACCAUGUCUCUGGCCCCCUACACAGCCCUCUGCCAGCCCACUUUCCACACGCCUCUUUCCACUGCGCUCUCCCCUGCUCAGGACCGGCCUUGGCUCCCUGUUCUCUGGGCAAGGAGCCCACAGCUUUCUGCCCACAUUAGGGUCCUGCGCGGGCAGUCAGCAUCCCUCCUCACGUCGGAGAGUGGAGUUGAGAGAGCCCGCAACAACCAACAGUGACAGUGCGGAGUGAGGGAAGUCAAACGGGCUAAGCCAGAGGCAGUGUCCAGGUUCGCCGGGACUAACAGGGGUCUCAGGAACGCACACAGCGGUGUGUCGCAGUGGGGGUGUGGACCUGCGGGACCCCUCUUUCCUUGUCACCCUUCCCAACCCAUGGGUUAGAAUAAAGUAAAGCCUGCUGCUCCCUGUGUGGUUCAGGGACAGGGUCAGGGACAGGAGGUGAGAAAUGACAGCUCCUCAGGCAAAGCAUGCUGGGCCAUGUGACCCUGGACAGGUCACCUCCCUUCUCCAGAUCCUCACUGGCUCCAGGGCCCCUUUCAGCUCUCACACAUUACCCAUGUGUCACAUGUGUGUCACGUGUCACCCUUCAUGUUCUGUCCUUCAGGGAGCACUGGUGGGUGUGGGGGCGGGGUCUGGGCACUCUGGAGCUUUUGGACAGCAGGGGGAACACACAUCUGCUGUCCGGGCUCUGUCUGCACUGCACAGGUGUGCAUUUGGGCUCUGUCCCUUUGCCGGGUGUGAGAUUUCAAGCAAGCCAGCUGAUUUCGCUGGGCCUCAACAUCUUCUGCAAAGCAGAAAAAGUAAACCUACCUUUUUGGAAUCCCAAUUGGACCAGCUUGCUAGUGGGUGAAGGCAUUAUUUUGCCUAUUUAUGUCCCAGUUUGCUCAUCUAUGAAGUGGGUAUAAUCAGACCUACCCAGUGGGGUUAUCGGUCAUGAGAUUUCGGUACAUUAAAGGUAUAUUGACACAUGCAAA